AUGACUAGAAGGAAAAAUCCAACCCAAGAAGUCUCUGGGCCUUCUGCGUCCCCCAACCUGGACUCCUCCCUUUACCCCGUGCUCCCUCACAAGGAGACUCCUAAGCCUCCAGUCCUUCCCCCAGACCCCCAUACCCCCCUUAUAGAUCUCCUGACGGAGGACCCACCACCAUAUCGAGCCGGACCACCUGGAGAGCCGGCCGAAGCGGCCCCAGCCGCCGCCCCGGUGGCGGCGUCCCCGGCCGUGCCCGUGGCAGAUCCGGAAGUCACCUCGACUCGCAGGACCCACGGGGCUGGAGAAGAGGACGCAGCCCCGUCCCCCAUUGCCGGCCGCCUCCGCGGCCGCCAGGAUGGCCCCCCUAAUGAGUCCAGGGCCUUCCUGCUCAGAGAGGGGCCGAAUCAUCAGUUGCAGUACUGGCCCUUUUCAGCCUCAGACCUCUAUAAUUGGAAGCAACAUAAUCCCCCUUUCCCCAGGGAUCCUGUUGCCUUGACCGGCCUAAUUGAGUCCAUCCUAGUGACUCACAGGCCGACUUGGGACGACUGUCAGCAGCUCCUGCAGACCCUCUUAACAGUAGAGGAGAAGCAGAGAGUUUUCCUGGAGGCCCGGAAGCAGAUUCCGGGCGAUGACGGGAGGCCACCCCAACUCCCAAAUAUCAUCGAUGCAGCUUUUCCCUUGACCCGCCCAGACUGGGACUUCAAUACACCUGAAGGUAGGGAGCAUCUACGUCUCUAUCGCCAGUUGCUCUUAGCGGGUCUCCGAGCGGCCGCCAGAAGGCCUACCAAUUUGGCUCAGGUAAGGAAUGUGAUACAGGGAAAGGAAGAGGAAUGUGAUACAGGGAAAGGAAGAAACACCCACUGCAUUUUUAGAGAGGCUGAAGGAGGCUUAUAGGAUGUACACUCCGUAUGAUCCAGAAAACCCAGGGCAAGCACCAGGUGUCAUCCUAUCAUUUAUCUAUCAGUCUAGCUCAGAUAUCGGAACCAAAUUGCAGCGGCUGGAAGGUUUACAGGCGCUAGGUUUGCCAGACUUAUUGAAGGAAGCAGAGAAAGUGUUCAAUAAGAGAGAAACUCCUGAGGAGCGCGAGGAAAGGAGAUGGCAGAAACAAGAGGAAAGGGACAAGAAACAGCAUAGGGAGAUGAAAAAGGUUUUGGCCGCCGUUGUGUCUCAGGGACAGUGGAGAGAGGGAGAUAGGUCGGGAGAGCGAAGGAGGCCACCCCUUGAUAAAGAUCAAUGUGCUUAAGCCACAAGGACCCCGCCGGCCCAAGCCCAAGACAUGCAGAUCUGGCCGGAUUCUGGGUCGAACACCCAACCCGACUCUGCUCCAGUAUGUGGAUGAUCUACUCCUGGUGGCCAGGAGUCGAACCGAGUGCCUGGAGGGCACUCGAGCCUUACUGGCCAGACUUGGACAAAAGGGCUAUAGAGCCUCAGCCAAAAAGGCUCAAAUAUGCCGAGACAAGGUUACCUACCUGGGCUACACCCUGAGCGGGGGGCAAAGAUGGUUAACAAGGGCAAGGAAGGAGACGAUAAUCUCCAUCCCCCCUCCUCGGAACCCCCGCCAAGUUCGAGAGUUCCUGGGUACGGCUGGGUACUGCCGCCUUUGGAUUCCCGGCUUUGCCGAACUGGCAGCCCCAUUGUACCCCCUCACUAAACCAGGGGCCAUGUUCCAAUGGGAGGAGAAGCAUCAGAAAGCGUUCCAACAGAUCAAGAAGGCCUUACUCGAGGCCCCGGCUCUGGGUCUGCCAGAUCUAACCAAGCCCUUUGAGCUGUUUGUGGAUGAGAACUCAGGUUUUGCCAAAGGGGUACUGGUGCAAAGACUGGGACCUUGGAGGAGACCUGUAGCGUACUUGUCCAAGAAAUUGGACCCGGUGGCUACAGGAUGGCCAUCAUGCCUCCGCAUGGUGGCAGCCAUUGCUGUAUUACUCAAGGAUCCCGGGAAGCUGACUCUGGGACAGCCGUUGACUGUGCUGGCCUCCCAUGCAGUGGAGGCCUUGGUCCGACAACCACCGGACAGAUGGCUUUCUAACGCCAGAAUGACUUACUAUCAGGCCUUACUACUGGACUCAGACCGGGUAAAUUUUGGGCCGACAGUUUCCCUUAACCCUGCUACCUUGCUGCCACUGCCUAGCCCCUCCGAGGAGCAUGACUGCCUCCAGAUUCUAGCCGAAGCACAUGGCACCCGCCCUGAUCGGAGCUAGCAAAGAAAAUGGGGGUGGACUGGGAACAGAGAAAACACCUGGGCAGUGCUGCUGAACCAGGAUCAGGUACUCCAGCAGGUAACUUCUACCUGCCCAGCCUGUGCUCAAGUCAACGCAGGAAAGGUUCAUCUAAGAAACUGUUGGAAGAAAUCUUCCCCAGGUACGGGAUGCCUCAAAUAUUGGGGUCGGAUAACGGGCCUGCCUUCGUCUCUCAGGUAAGUCAGAAGGUGGCCAAACUAUUGGGGGUUGAUUGGAAACUCCAUUGUGCGUACCGCCCCCAGAGCUCAGGACAGGUAGAACGAGCUAAUAGAACAAUCAAGGAGACUUUAACCAAAUUAACGCUUGCAACUGGCACUAGAGAUUGGGUGCUCCUACUUCCCUUGGCUCUCUACCGAGCCCGAAAUACUCCUGGCCCACACGGCCUAACCCCUUUUGAGAUCAUGUACGGGGCCCCACCUCCUGUUGUAAACUUUCUCCAUCCUGAUAUUUCAUCUUUUGCCACCACCCCUACUUUAGAGGCACAUCUUCAAGCCCUCCAACUGGUGCAGAGGGAGAUCUGGAAGCCCCUGGCCAAGGCUUAUCAGGAGCAGCUAGACAAGCCGGUGGUGCCCCACCCCUUCCAGAUCGGGGACUCCGUUUGGGUCCGAAUCUGGAACCACGGUGGAAGGGGCCCUACACUGUCUUGCUGACCACCCCCACUGCACUCAAGGUCGACGGGAUUGCUGCAUGGGUCCACGCCUCUCAUGUGAAGGCUGCCAGGGAACCCGACCCAGCAGGAUCCAGAAAGUCAACAUGGACAGUGCGUCGCACACAAAACCCCCUAAAAAUAAGGUUGGCCCGCGGCUCCUCUUCCUCCCCCUCCUCUUAAUCUCUGCCUACCCCCAGGGGACUAGGGCGGCAGAGAGCCCGCACCUAGUUAAGAGGCUCACUUGGCAGGUUAUCUCACAAACUGGGGAGACGGUCUGGCAAAUGACCACCCUUCACACCCCCUUUACAUGGUGGCCUAACUUGCAUCCAGAUCUCUGCCAACUAGUAGCAGGGUCAGAGGACUGGGACAUCCCUACCACUGACCCCAUGAACCCUAGAGCACCAAACGUCUGUCAGGAUGGUAAGGGAACUUGCAAAUGUAAUGGCGGGAGAUACGGAUGUAGUCACCCUGAAACCAGAGCAGCCCUAUGUAAAUUUCACCUGCAACCCCCUGAAUAUAUCUUUUACUCAAAAGGGAAGGGAGAUAACACAGGACUGGAUUAAAGGUAAAACAUGGGGACUUAGACUUUACAUGACGGGACGGGACCAGGGAGUCGUGUUUAUGAUUAGGCUUAAAAUCACGGAGCCCUCCGCCUCUAUAGGUCCCAACCAGGUUCUCUCUGACCAAAAGCGCCCCUCUUUACCCGCUCCGGCACCCCCGAGGGCUACCCCCCGACCCAAUUCGGCCAUUCGCCCAAGCACGGCUCCGAAUGCUACUGUAACCCCAGUCACCCUCCAGCCACC